CGAUAAGGCGAAGCAGGAGCCCGGUAAAGGUGCCUCCGAGUUCCUGGUCUGAGCGUGCCCGUGCUGAGAGAGGCUGAGACAUAGCACUGUCCUUCCACUCGACGUCUUCUUGUGGGGUUGGCCACCUCCUGCCUCGCCCCUGCCUUCCCUGCGCUGCCUGUCAGUCGGAGUGACAGUCCUCAGCGGACAAGCGGAGUAUAAGAGGGAGACAGCUCUGUGCCUUGGACUACCAGGAGGAUUUCUGAGCUUCAGGUUGCCUUAUCCCUGGUCAGUGUAUUUGCUAAGGGAAAAACUUCUUCCUGGCAUGGCUAAUGGGAAGGCCUUAAAUCAUGAACUUUCUAAACUUUUCAAUCAGAUGUGGGAUAUGGAUGUUAACCGCCUUAUGCCUGGGAAAGACUACACAAUUGAUUUGCAGGGAAAAGCAGGUGCCGCACAGCAAGGUGACAGUGCUGUCCAGGACAGCGCAGCCAGACAUCUGUUUCACAAUGUAAAUGAAGAACGCCUGAAGGGCAUAAAAACUUUUGCAACCUUUAUUUCCUUAUUGGACAACUAUGAGGCAUCAACCGGUGUAGCAGAAGUAGUGACUCCAGAAGAAAUAGCUGAAAACAAUUGUUUUCUUGAUGCUAUCUUAGCAACAGAAGUCAUGAAACUAGCUCAUGAGUAUCUGCUUAAAAAAAACCUAGCAAAGCCAAACCUUGCCGAUUUCAAAUAUCAGCUCUAUGACAUCUGGUUCCAGCUCUAUGCCAGGAAAGAAGGAGACAGACCUGAUUCUUGUGGUUUUGAACAUGUUUUUGUUGGAGAAACAAGGCGUGGUAAACAGAUCUUAGGUUUGCACAACUGGGUGCAGUUUUACCUUCAGGAAAAGCGCAACCAAAUCGACUACAAGGGAUAUGUCGCUCGGAAGAACAAAACCAGGCCUGACAAAGAUGACCAAGUUUUGAGCAUCCAGUUCAGCUGGAAGGGCUCAGUCAAGCCAAUUGGAAGCACCUUUAUUGGUGUCAGCCCAGAGUUUGAAUUUGCCCUUUACACCGUCAUUUUCCUGCUGGCUGAAGAAAGAGUCACACGUGAAACAGUGAAGAUAGAGGAAUAUGAGCUACAGAUGGUUGUUUGCCGUCAUGGGCACCACAUUGGAACAGCAUAUCCAGUACUCCUCGGCACCAGCAGCGAAGGCUAGUAGUUAGAGCGAUCAGGCAAAACUUACGGGUUUUUUUGGGGUGAGGGGAUGGACACGGGACCGGUCGGCAGAGUAAGUUGAUGUGUUGUUUUACACAGCUCAUUUUGAGUAAAAAUUGAUGACUCACUCGC